AAAACAAAGAAGGAUAUGUAGAUUGAUGAAGGAAUAUUUUGUUUCUUCCUUCACCAAUAAGAGCAUUCCAGCCAGUCACCCAUUUCACAACGGCCAUUUAGAGAGGGCACGAUAUAUAUUUGUUUUUGGCUUUUUGCCGAUUUUUAACGAAACACUUCGCCGGUCGCGACUGUUGCUUUAAUCUUACACGCGCCGCUUAUUUAUUUCACGCGCCACCGUCGUAGAAGCGAUAAAUCUCUCAAUCUAAUUCUUCCUCUCCGCUUUGCUUUUCAACUUGUCCCGCUUAUCUUUUUUUUUUCUCAGCUCACUUUUCCUUCUUUAUCUUCAACUUCUCCUUUUCAUUGUUCUGUCGUUUUCCCCUUUCUUUUCCUUAAGAUCUCGGAAACCUAAAAAGAGAAAAAUCUAGGGUUUUCUGUAAUUUCGAUCGGAAAGUGGGUUAAGUAAUUUAUGAGUAAGAAGUGGUUCUCGUGUGUGAUGAUAAGAGAAUCAUCAUCAACUUCGCCAUGGGAGGAGUAACUUCAUCGAUCGCCGCUAAAUUCGCUUUUUUCCCGCCAACCCCACCGUCUUACGGUUUGAUUUCCGACGAUAGCUCCUCCGUUGACCGAUUGUACAUAACCGAAGUUCCUCGCCGCGAUGACGUUGACGUUCUGAAGCUACGAACUCGUCGUGGCAACGAGAUAAUCGCUAUUUAUGUUAAGCACCCAAAGGCUAAUGGUACGCUUCUGUAUUCCCAUGGAAACGCCGCCGAUUUAGGUCAGAUGUUUGAGCUUUUCGUCGAGCUUAGCAAUCGCCUCCGCGUUAAUCUCAUGGGGUAUGAUUACUCUGGUUAUGGUCAGUCUACUGGAAAGGCAAGUGAAUGUAACACAUAUGCUGAUAUAGAUGCAUCAUAUAACUGCCUCAAGGAACAGUAUGGAGUAAAAGAUGAUCAACUGAUAUUAUAUGGUCAGUCUGUUGGUAGUGGACCGACGAUUGAUCUAGCUUCACGCACGCCUAACUUAAGAGGUGUGGUUUUGCACAGCCCUAUCCUGUCUGGGAUGAGAGUUUUGUACCCUGUUAAACGAACAUACUGGUUUGACAUUUACAAGGGAACUGCAGAUGAAGUAGUUGAUUGGUCUCAUGGAAAACAACUUUGGGAACUUUCCAAAGAGAAGUAUGAACCUUUAUGGGUUUCUGGAGGAGGACACUGUAAUCUAGAACUUUAUCCUGAGUUCAUAAAACAUCUGAAGAAGUUUGUAAUAUCAAUAUCCAAACCCAAGGGACCAAGAAACAGUUCAAGCAAGACCAAUGCAACGGAUGCAACAACCAAAAGCCAGAGCAAGCCUUCAGAGAACGGGCGUGCUGAAACGUUUCAACUCGGCUGCUGCCUUCCAGAAGUUUCUAGAAACAGCGUAGACAGCCAGCUGGAGAAAUCGAAGAAGGCUAGUAAACCGGAGAAGUCACGGAUGAGCGUUGAUAGGUUUAGACGGAAAAAAGGUUUGGUCUGGUGACUUAAACCGGUCGAAGCAUCGCUAAAACAGGUUUUUUGUUGUAACUCCUGUUUAUGUAAUCCAUGUAUUUUGUUUUUCUUCUUAAGCCCCUUAAUCUGUUUCUAUGCAAGUUAUGAUUUGUGUGGUUUUAUACUUUUAUUUUGUUUAUUUUCCCCAGGUUUGUUGUAUGUAUUUUCUGACAGAAACAGAUCAAACCCAAAGGUCUUGAUUUCAUAUUUGGGUGCAAGUCAUUUCUAAAAUGUAUACAACAAUUUAGGAUUUCCGAACCGAAAUGGCUUAAUCUGAAACCAAACUGUAG